UGGGGGCAGAGGUUUCGCCCAGGCACAGGGAUCGGUCUCCUCAGUGCGGGGGCGCUCUGUGCUGCAUGGGGUAUAGUCGCUCCCAGCACCCCCCUUCGAUCGGGGUAACGGGGGCCUGCAAGGAGCACACCGCUCUGUGUUAGAACUGGGCGGUGCAUUGAUGGGAGUAGCAGAGACCUGGGGCAGUUCAGUGUAUCGCAAACGCCCCCUUAUAGCCCAGCUCCCCCACUCCCUCCUGGGUUGGGGACUCAGAGUCGCGGGGUGUGUGGGAGAGAACUGGGGCUGCUAAUAACCAUCGGAGCCCCCUUAUAUCCCAGCCCUCUACCCCAUAUAUCCCCGUUCCCCUCCCCGUAUCCCAGUCCCCGCCUUGAGUCCUCGCUCCCCUCUCUAGGGCUGGGGAGGGGACUCAGAGUCGGGGGGGGGCGGAUGAGACCCGGGGGGUGCCCCCAUCUCCUUCCCCCCACGCUGCAGAAAUAGAGCGCGGCCCCUUUAAAUUUACCCAGGAGCCCUUAAAGGAGCCCCAGGGGCCCCAGGCAGGAAUCCCCACCCCGGCCGGAGCAGCCUGGCUCGGCCGCAGCCGCCGUACGGAGCCCGGGAGUACCCUCCCCGCGCGGGCAGGGCUCUGCGGCAGCCCCGAGCCUGCCCCGCGGCCCUGGCGCGGAUGGACAGGCGGCCGGAGGGGGGCGGGUGCUGACGGACGCACGGACAGAGGGAUGGAGCCGCCUCCCUCUCCUCCCCCCCGCCGCCCCGUCAAACGGGAGCCCCUGGACCCGGAGGCAGGGGAAUCCCCAAGCCAGGACAACUCCGGCAGCACCGAGGCCCCUGAGUUGAUGCUAGGGGGGUCCCUGGCAUGGAGGACCCCCAAGGAGCACCCUCUAAUGGCCCCAGGGGGGCGGAAGUACUCAGAUCACUGUGAGGAGCGGGCAUCUCGGCCUGGGAAGAGCCGCAUCCCUGGGCGGGACCAUCGGCGCUAUUAUCACGAGCACUGGCGGGCUGAGUACCUGAUGGACUUCAACCCGGCACGGCAUGGCAUGAUCUGCAUGGUGUGUGGCAGCGCGCUGGCCACCCUCAAGCUGAGCACCAUCAAGCGUCAUAUCCGCCAGAAGCACCCCUACUCCGGGGGCUGGGGCCCCCGUGAGAAGCAGGUCAUCAUCCAGAGUUGGGACGCCCACCUCGGGCUGGACGGGGAGCUUGAGGGGCACGGAGACCUCGCCCAGGCACCUGACAGCCUGCAGGGAGCACAAGGGUUGCUGUCGGCGGGGGGCGGGUUCCGGCGUCGGCGCCGUGCCCCAUGCCCAUCCCCACGGGGGGCUGCCCGGCGGCCGGCGCUCGGAGGCAGGAAGGCAUCACCCAGCGCCCGCCGGCUGGAGCGCUACGUGCGUGAGUCCCUGCAGAGCUGGUUCCAGGCCGAGUUCCUCAUGGAUUACGAUGCCCAGGGCAACCGGCUGCGCUGCAUGAUGUGUGGGCGUGGGCUGCCCAGCCUCAACCUGGAUGACAUCAAGCGCCACGUGCUGCAGGCCCACCCCGCCUCGCUCGCCUUCAGCCCCGCUGAGAAGGGCGCCAUCCUGGAGGCCUGGAACUCCCGCGCCCUGGUGCUGGCUGCGGGCAAGGGCUGGGCGCCGCAGGGGGAGCGCCCUGCAGAGCCCGAUGCCCCCUCCCCUGGGGACCUUAGUGCUGAUGCCUCUGAGCCAGGCUCGGCAAUGGCUGCCCCAGAGCCAGAGGAGAGCAGCUCCCCGGAGAGCUGGGCCAAGGAGGAGCCUGUGGCGCCGUGGGAGCUGGAUGCGGGGGGGCCGCUGCGGGGUAAAGACCAUCGGCGCCACUUCCAGGAGCACUGGCGGCUGGAGUACCUGAUGGACUACCACGGCGAGCGGCACGGGCUGGUGUGCAUGGUGUGUGGGGGAGCACUGGCCACCCUCAAGAUGAGCACCAUCAAACGCCACAUCCGCCAGCGGCACCCUGACUCCACCCUGCUCAGCCACCAGGUCAAAGCCCUGAUCGUGGAGGAGUGGAACCGCAAGGUUGCCCAGCUGGUGGAGAUGGGGGCACCCCUGCCAGAGCAGGCCUCAGGAGACUCCCAGAAUCCUUUGCAGCCAUCUAGCCCCGAGGAGCUGGAUGAGGAUGUGCAGCUACCUGCAGAGGGGGAGGAGGAAGAGGAGGAGGAGGAGAGUGUGUUGGUGGUGGGGACGCCCCCAUCCACCCCACAGAGCCCCGCUGACCCCACAGCUGGCCCCCAGACGGGCCCGGCACCUGCACCGCGGCGGGAGCAGCGGCGGAACUACCAGCUGCACUGGCGCGUGGAAUACCUGAUGGACUACGAUGGCAGGCGGCACGGGCUGGUGUGCAUGGUGUGCGGGGGGGCGCUCGCCACCCUCAAGGUGAGCACCAUCAAGCGCCACAUCCUGCAGGUGCACCCCUUCUCCUUGGACUUCACCCCAGAGGAGCGGCAGACCAUCCUGGAGGCCUACAAUGAGACGGCCCUGUGCUAUGAGCCUGCCGUGGGGGAGGAGUCUGAGGUUAAGCCCUGCCCCUUCCUCCAGGCCACUCCUGCUGAUGGGGAAGAGGCAGAGUUGGCCUGUGCCCCACCCACCAGCACAGCAUAGUUGAUGGACAGGACUCCAUCUUGACUCUUGGGAGCAGGGGUGGGGGGUCCAGGCUAUGGACAGACACCCCUUGCUUAGAGCGCUUGUUUGGGAGUAGAAUAGGGGGUUCUGCACCCACCCAUGCUACAGACGUUGCCCCCUGAACUACACAGCACCUUCCCCCACUCCCAUCCCCACCCUGAUGCAUCUGGUCCUCACGCACUGAUACUCCAUAGCCCAAGCUGCGGGGUGGGGGAAAGGGCCUCGCAUGGCCCCCUGUAGCUUUUAAUCCCCCCCAUCCCAGCUGGGGAUGGCACAGAAAUGGGGUUGUUGGGGAUGGGGACACAUGGGGCUGGAACCCAGCUGCUCAGCGAGCCAGUGGGAUAGGGUGUUUGCAAGACAUGGGUGGUGGGGGGAAGGGAUGAAAUCAUCUCCCUGCCCGGGGCAGGCACUAGUGAGCAAGGGGGCAGCUGCUCUAUUUAAGGGGCCAGUUCCAAACCCCUCCUGGGACUCUUCCCGGCCCCCAGGAUAGCUGGUUUGAAAAGCUAAUGCUCCCCGGCUGCUGCUACCAACUCCCAGCCUCCCCCGGAUCCCAUCUGGCCUCCAAACGGGGUGCAUCUCUUCCUGUCGUCCCCCCCGCAUCCUCCCCAGCUGCAGGUUUUCACCCCAGCAGCCUCUUCCUGGCACAGGUGCAGACUGGAAUCCAUGUCCCUUGGAGCUAAUUGGAUGUAAGCCCAAUGCUCCCAUUGACCUCCCCUUUCCCCCACCCACUCCAGGGAAAGUGCCACCCUCUGUGGAGAGUCUAGACUGGCCUUUGCAGUUGUUUAUUAGCUUAAUUAGCUGCUGGAGUCAUCGCACCUCAUCUAGAUGCAACAUCCUAAGAAACUUCCUUGGGCUGAAGUUAAACUGACCCUCCCCCGCCAGCACCAGGGAGCCCCGGUAAGUAACCCGCUCCCCUGCCGAAUGCCAAGCAGUGCCGCUCACGUGAGCUGUGCAAGGCCUCGGCCUCCAUCACACCCAUUUUUAUACCAGCCCCAAGGGCGCGUGGAUGGUCACCCAACUGGACCACAGCGUUUUAUACUCGCUUCCAUCUGGUGUCAAGGGGGGAAGCGGGGUCCCUGCCUUGAGCCGUGGGGGCUGGAAUUUCAAGUACUGAAGCAAGGUCGGGAG